AUGGAGCCAUCUAAAGAAGCGAUAGCAGUUCGCAUUACGCGGAUAAACCGUCUGAUUCUGGGAAAGGUGACAGGUGGGAGUAAUAGGUUCAGUAGGAAGACAAUAGAUCGCGAAGCCCUAUUGGAUGCCCUCACAGUUCUCUACGAUGAAUGUAACGAUGACCCGGUCAAGAAGAGUGAUGACUUGGUUAAAGCCUUUUUGGACAAGUAUCGGAGUACAUUGGCAGAGCUGCGCAGGACCCGGGUAUGCAUAUCAGACUUUGAUAUGCUCCAGACUAUUGGACGAGGACACUUUGGAGAAGUUCAUAUGGUCCGGGAGAAGCAAACAAGUGAUGUGUAUGCUAUGAAGACACUCCGUAAGGAACAAUCGCGUAAGCGAGCCGAUGAGGAACGAGAUGUGCUUGCCACAGCUACUGGACCAUGGAUACCCAAGCUGCAAUAUGCUUUCCAAGACAGUAGCAACCUGUACUUAGUGAUGGAGCUGUGUUGCGGCGGUGACCUGGCUGGGCUGAUGGCACGGCGCGCGCAUCCACUGCCCGAGCGAGACGCAGCGUUCUAUAUCGCUGAGAUUGCACACGCACUGAAAGCUCUGCAUGGCAUGGGAUACGUGCAUAGAGAUGUCAAACCACAUAACAUACUGCUUGAUAGAUGCGGUCAUGUGAAGCUGGGUGACUUUGGUUCGUCGGCGCGCCUGUCGGAGGGCGGAUGUGCGGGCGUGGCGGUGGGCACGGCGGACUACAUGGCGCCGGAGCUGCUGGCGGCGGCGGACUGCGCGGCCCACGCUGUGUGUCUCCAGUACUGCGCCAGGCUCGUUACCACUGCCAUUUCGUCGUGCGACUACUGGUCGCUGGGAGUGAUCGCCUUCGAGCUGGUCACGUUGCGGCGCCCGUUCUCUACAGGGGAGGAAGACUCCAUUGCAGAAAUACUGAGCAAUAUACAAAAAUACGAGCGCGACUCAAGUCCCCAGUUACCGUGGGCCCCCCCGCCGUCGGGCCCGUCCCGCGAGUGGCGGGGCCUGGUGGCGGGGCUCCUGCGGGUACUGCCGUCCAAGCGAUACUCCUACCUCGACACACUGCAACACGCUGCACUGGCACAUAUGCCUGCUCACAAUAUAAGAGAUCAGGCCCCGCCGUGGGUGCCGUGCGUGCGCGGCGCGGAGGACGCGUCGUACUUCAGUGCGCCGGCGCGCGCCCCGCCGCCGCCCAGCGCCGCGCCCUUCCGGACACGGCCGCCCUUCGCGGGACAACUACCUUUUGUCGGAUACUCGUUCGUGGCUCCCGAGGAGAACGAGGACCACAGUGGAGGGUUCAACGCCUCGCAUGACUGCACAGCCAUCGAUCUCGCUACCUUUAAGUCGGCAGAGAAGCUCGCGGCGAUGCGUAGUCGUGAGAUCGCGUCGUUGCAGACAAAGCUGGCGGAGGCCGAGGCCCUGGCCGGGGCCACCGCCGAGCGGAUCCGACACGAGGCCGAGGCCGAGGCAGAGAGACAACGCGUGCGGCUGCAGGCCGAGAUCACUGCGCUUAGUUUGCAGAACAAACGCCUGGAGCGCCAGGUGGAGGUGGAGCGCGAGGAGCGCAUGUCCCUGCAGCGCAGCAACCAACAGCUGUCAGCGGCCGCCACCGAGCGGGGGAACACGGAGCUGCGCGGGGCGCGCGCCGCCGCUGCAGCGCUGCAGGCCGAGCGCGACGUGCUGCACGAGCAGCUGCAGCGGCUGGAGGCGCGCGUGCAGCAGCUGCAGGCGGACUGCCAGCGCGCGGCCGCGGACGCCGACACCGCGAGAGCACAACAACAACACUACAAGGACUCGAUAGCCAAAGAGCGAGCCAUUCGUCGUCAGACAUUGAGCGGUGGUGAGGCGGAGUCUCGCGAGGCGGCCGCGCGGAUUGCCACCGCCGAGGCUAAUGCUGCCAAGGAACUGCGCGCCAGGCAGGCCAUGGAGGCCAAGCUGGAGAAAAUGGAACAUGAGAAUAGACGACUUAGAGACGAUCUCGACGAGGCCAACAGGAACCUGGCCGAGACACAGGAACGGCUGUGUGAGAAGCAACGUAUGGCCAGUACAUCCUCGGAGCAAAUGCAGGAGCUUCAAGUGCAGCUCGCACAGGAACGAGUGAGGGCUUCUACGCUACUCGCACAAGUACAGGAGUUGGAGCGUGGCGUGGAGGAGUCAGUCCGGCGCGAGUCGGCGCUGGAGGAGCAGUGCGCGCGGACGGAGGCGCGCCUCACUGAGCGCCUGCGGGACGCAGACACGCGCGCCGCCGCCGCGCUGCGGGACGACGCCAGGCAUCGGGAGAAGGUGAACACCCUAGAACAGUUAGUGAGACAGCUAGAGAGGGAAGUGAGUGCGUUAGAGAAGCGAUCCUGUACAGCAUGCGCGGCCGCCGCGUCCAGCUCCGCGCAGCCCGAGAGCGAGCGCGGGCAUCACGCACCCGGCCACAGGGGGGACGCCAGGAGGGACGCGCACAGUGACACUGAGAGCGUCGGAGAUGCUCAGGCGCAAGCACAGCUUUCCUUGCUCAAGGAACAGCUCGAAAAGGCCGAAGCUCAAUUACAGGCGCGUGCUGAAGAAAUAGCGACUCUACGUCAAGAGGCGAGAGCUGCUAAUCUAGCGAGAUGGAGAAAGGAGCGCGAGUACAAUGAAUUAUCAGUAGAAACAAAGUCGACGGCGCGCGACCUAAAGCGCGCUGAGGAACGGUUGACUAACGCCAUCGAGGCACGUAAGACCGCGGAGCAGAAAGCCGGCGAGCUCGCCACUGAGCUCGCCAAGCUGAGGCCGGAACAUGAGCUCGCCACGAAGGACGCGGAGCGACUCAAGAUGCAACUGGACAAGCUUACGAAGGCACAUGAAGUGGUACAGGCUGAAGUUGACAGGUCCCGCAACGACAUCCGCAAGUUGAAGAGUGAGCUGCAGUACAGCGAGCGGCGCAGACUGCACGCCGAGGAGCAGGAGGAACUGUCCGCGCGCGAGCGGGCCCAGCUCAGGGACGAGCUGCAGGGGCUGCGGGGACACAACGAGGAGCUCGCACAGAACAACAAAGCGCUGCAGGAGGCGUGUGGCAUGCUAGAAGAACAAUUAACGGAUCUAGAGAAGUUAGCUGACAUACACGAAAUCAAAAACAAAGAUCUCGAGACGCAGUUGUCGGGCGUGCGGUCGGAGCUGGAGUCGUGCCGCGCGCGGCUGGGCGCGGCGGAGGCGGCGGCCAGCGAGCGCGGCGCCGCGGCCGACCGCGCCGCCUCGCUGCACUCCGAGGCGCGCGACCAGGCGCGCACCGCGCACUCCGAGCUGCAGCUGCUCCGGGUAUACACAGCGCGCUGCCCAUUCACUUCCCACAUUCUUUCAAUUUCCACACAAUUCAAAAUACCGAAAAUUGAUACGUACGAUCAACAAUAA